AUGAACAAGAAUGACAUUGCAUUAAAAUUGUACAAUGAGUGGAAAGAGGAAAAAACAUCAAAGAGUUUUCUCGACGAGCUGCCCAUCGACAUUUUAAGGAUAGAAGUGCCCGAAGUGAAAAGGCUGUACAUUCUCUUCUACUUUGCAAUGUCCAAGAAAAUGUAUGCAAAGACCAGCUCAAAGUAUCUGAAGUACUUGGAGGGCUUGAAAAGCUUUUCUGGGGAGAGCAAAUACAAAAGCGAGUGGAGAUGGCCUGUGACCGGUCUAGACCCUGUAGCAAUAGCCAAUGCAUCGCCUCUGGAGAUAAAAAAGUGUCUCAGAAACAAAGUGUCCCUUGCCACAGCAGCAUCAUUGAAAAAGCUGGGAAUAUACGUUACGGAAAACGGAGAAAUACCAGAGAGAUACGAUGUCCUGACAACAUUCGACUGCAUAAGCACGAAAAACGCAAAUCUCAUUAUGUACUACGCGUGGGCGCGCCUAGAAGACAUUCCGAUCUCAGAGUGCAUGGUUCGCGUGCUGUUCAGGCUGGGAUGGCUCUCCGAUAUAGGCAUUGAGUCUAUAGUAGAUAUAAAAUACUACACAAGUGAAAGCUCACCUAAAAAAAGAAUACUGAGAGAUACCAUCAAGAAAAUGUUUGCAUUUAACACAUGGAAAUAUGCGAGCAUGGGAUUCAACAACCACGGGGAAAAAGUAUGCAAGAUAAAGCCGCUGUGCCAGCAGUGCAGUAUUAACGAGAUAUGCCCCUCAAGAAGAGUAGACAGAGAAGUGCUCACAUACAUGGACACGCUGCAGAAACAGGGAUACUUCCCCAAAGAAGAGUCCAAAAAAGAAGAUCUGCAAGAUGAAAGCAGUGAAAGCGAUGAAAAAGAGCUGAUGUCCUGCUCAGAGUCCAGAGAACAAGACCUUUCAGACAUCUAA